AUGAUGGAGAACGAGGGUGACACCACCGGAAUGAUCCCAGGUAUCCGAGCCGCCAACGACUUUCUGGCAUACCUGGGCAUCAUUCCCAACCUCGUCCCCUGGGUCCUCGGGUUAAGUGCCGUGUUGGGCCGGAAGUCGAACACCUCAGUGCUAGUGAGCUACGCCUUUGCGCAGAUUGACAGGAAUCGCGAAGCGAAUGUGCACUCGACAACCAAAGACACCAAGAAAUACGACACAUUCUUGAAGAAGCUGCUCGACAUGGAAGCCCAAGGCCGUCUUAAACUGCCAAACGUCCUGGAUGCCUGUGGCAGCAACAUCGGGGCCGGUUCUGACACCACCGCCGUCACACUGAGCUCCACUCUGUAUUUCCUCUUCAGGAAUCCAGACAAACUCGACAAGCUGCGCCAGGAAAUUGACACAAAAACCGCUGAAGGCAGCAUCUCGGACCCAGUCACCUUCCGGGAGGCACAGGACAUGUCCUAUCUGCAGGCUGUCAUAAAGGAGACACUACGUCUUCAUCCAGCCGUGGGAACCAUGUUGCCCCGUGUUGUGCCUAGAGGUGGCAUGGAACUGUCGGGCUACUACUUCCCUGAGGGGGUAUGUAAACAGUAG